GGUUACCUGAUUAUUUACAAACAAAUUGUGUGCCAUGAAAAUUCAGUUGCUUACCUCGCUUCUGUUGGUUCCCUUGUUCCAUAUCUUGUUCGGGUUAGACAUAGUACUGGUUUUGGGGCAAUGUCUGGACGAUCAGAAAUUUUUCUUGCUCCAGUUCAAGAAUAGUGUCAAGUUUAACUCAACAUUAUCAAGCAAGUUGGUUUCUUGGGAUCAAAGUACAGAUUGCUGCACUUGGGAAGGUGUGACUUGCAACUUAAGUAGUAACAGAGGUCAUGUUAUUGGCCUAGACAUAAACUCAGAGUCCAUCUAUGGAUGUCUAGUCAAAAGUACUUCGAAUAGUCUUUCUGGUCUCCGGCAUCUUGAGAGUUUGAAUCUUGCUUUUAACAACUUUGAUACCUCAAAGUUUCCAUCCGGGAUAUUCAGCCUUACCGCUUUGACAUAUUUAAAUCUGUCAAUUGCUGGUUUUAGGGGAAAUUUUCCUAGCUCCAUUGCCAAUCUUACUCAGCUUGUUCACUUGGAUUUUUGGGCCAACAAUUUUUCUGGUAUAAUCUCUUCCACUCACUUUCAAAAUCUUGUUAAUUUGGAAUAUCUGGACCUAGGAUUAAAUUUACUGAGUGGAACUAUCCCAUCAAGUUUGUUUGGUCUCCCAUCACUAAGAAAGCUUUUCCUCUCUUACAACAAUUUUCAAGGUUCAGUGCCUAAAUUUACAAACACAAAUCUCUCUCCAUUGGAAACAUUGUACGCCAGUUGGAACAAUCUGAGUGGACCAGUUCCCAUUUCUCUUUUUGAUCUUAAAAACUUUAGUCGUUUAACUCUAUCUCAUAACAAACUUAGUGGAAAAUUUCAUCUACAAAUUCUCCAUAGACUUAGUAAUCUUACAUAUUUCAACCUCUCAUUCAACAACCUGUCAGUAGACUUAGGGCAUGAUAAUUCAAGCAAAUUUUUGCCUCCUUCACUCAAAGAACUAAAAUUAGCUUCUUGCAGACUACAACACUUCCCUGAAUUGAGGUACCUCCCGAGUCUAAUCACCCUAGACCUUGCAGAGAAUCAAAUUUCAGGCGCUAUACCAAAUUGGAUCUGGAAUGUAGGAAAUGGAGGUCUUAGAUAUUUAAAUCUUUCUGUAAAUCAGCUUCACAAACUUCAGGAGCCUUAUGUUAUUCAUAAUCUAUCUUCAAUUGAUUUGCGAUGCAACCACCUGCGUGGGGAAAUUCCAAUACCAAUAGAAAAUAUUUACUUCUUAGAUUACUCUAACAAUUUCUUCAGUUCAAUCCCUACUAAUUUCAAUCUCACCUCUGCCAUAUUCUUUUCUGUUUCAAGCAAUAGGCUGAGUGGAACUAUCCCCGUUUCAAUGUGCAGUGGUACUAACCUACAACUUCUUGAUUUGUCGAACAAUUAUUUGAUUGGUAACAUACCAUCAUGUUUAUUUGAGUUAAGCAAGUCUCUAGGUGUACUGAAACUUGGGAAUAACAGCCUGACUGGAAAUAUAUCUCGAAUAUUUAGUAAUGAUUGUGGUUUAGAAACUCUAGAUCUACAUGGAAAUCUCUUAAAAGGGAGUGUUCCAGAAUCUUUGGCAAACUGUUCCAAGUUAGAGGUCUUAAACCUUGGGGACAACCGGAUAAAUGAUAGAUUCCCCUGCUUUUUAAAGGACUCACUGCAUUUGCAUGUCCUCGUUCUGCACUCUAACCUAUUCCAUGGCGAGAUCAGAUGCCAAGAAAAAAAUGGCAGCUGGAUAAAUCUUCAAAUUUACGACAUAGGAUCUAACCACUUCACCGGGAAUCUGUCCCAAAAUUUUCUAAUUUGGAAAGCUAUGAAGGAUGGUAGGAAUGAUGUCAAUAUUUUGGGUUUCGAGGCUCUGAGGUUCGGGGGUUCAAGGAAGACUUACCAAGAUGCUGUGACAAUUAGCAUCAAAGGAAAACGGUUGGAUCUGGUGAAAAUAUUGAAUAUCUUCACCUCUAUUGAUAUCUCAAACAAUCAUUUUCAAGGAAAUAUACCACACACGAUUGGCGAGCUUAAGUCACUGGUAUCUCUCAAUUUGUCACAUAAUACAUUGUCAGGCUCAAUUCCAAAUUCCUUUGGAACCCUCAAACUCCUUGAAACAUUAGACCUUUCGGAGAAUAAGCUGACAGGGAAAAUCCCGAUGGAGCUAGGAGAUAUAUCAUUCCUCGAGGUUUUGGACUUGUCAAAUAACCAACUCACAGGAAAAAUUCCUACAGGUAGGCAACUUCAGACUUUCCCAGAGGCUUCUUUUGAAGGUAACAAAGAAUUAUGUGGGCCUCCAUUGCAUAUAAAAUGCAGCAGAACUGCAGUUACAACAGCUGGUUACGGUGAUGGGGAUCUUGGCAACAGCAUAAAUUGGGAGUUUGUUGGCCCUGAAGUUGGCUUUGUUGUCGGCCUGGGCACUGUCAUACUUCCCCUCAUAUUUUACAAGCGAUGGAGGUCUUAUUAUUACGAACAUGUGGAUCAUAUUCUUUUCAAGGUUAUUAGAAGGAAACACCAAAAGAAGAGUAUUCAUGGAAGAAUAAGAAGUCGAUACAGUAGAAUUGAAAGAGCCAGGAGCUAAGUCUGCAAGUUAGAAACCACAGGCUUUUCUGCUGCAUUUUUUAGUUUUAAUAGUAAAUACAAAAGAGCUGGAGUAGUCUGUGUUUUCUUGUCUCUCCGGAAAAACACAUGAAUGGAAGCAAUGUUAAUUUUGUUA